AUGGGCAAUCAAAUUCCUGAAGAAAUUACAAAUGAUUCUGAACUAACGAAAGCCAUAGAGCAAUUGCCAUGGAAUUACAAUUUUGAGAUCCGAAAGACAGUUUGGCGUAUCCGUCAGGCCGGCAGUAAACGUGUAGCGCUGCAGUUUCCAGAAGGACUUUUGCUUUACUCCUGUGUCAUCUCGGAUAUUAUCGAGCGAUUUACAGGUGCCGAUAGCAUCAUUUUAGGCGAUGUAACGUAUGGCGCUUGCUGCGUCGAUGAUCUUAGCGCGCUUGCGCUAGGUGCUGAUUUUAUGGUACAUUACGGUCAUAGCUGUCUUGUGCCAAUUGACGUUACGUCGAUUAAGAUGCUUUAUGUGUUUGUGGAUAUUGCCAUUGACGUUGACCAUCUUAUCGAAUGUUUGAAGUUGACAUUUCCAAUGGAAACAAAGCUUGCUCUGAUGGGGACGAUUCAGUUCAGUAGCUCGAUUCACCUGGCGGCGUCAAGACUAAAAGAUUAUUUUGAAAGGCUGGUGGUGCCACAAGUCAAGCCACUAUCUCCGGGAGAGGUGCUUGGUUGUACUUCUCCUCUCAUUGAUGGAGUCGAUGCUCUUGUAUUUGUUGCAGACGGACGUUUCCAUCUUGAGUCAGCUAUGAUCAUGAAUCCGAGCUUGAAGGCAUAUCGCUAUGAUCCAUACCCGAAGGUGCUCAGUAUCGAAAAGUAUGAUCUUCCGCAUAUGAUGGAAGAUCGUCGUGCCGCAAUAGACCAAGCUAAAAUGGCUAAGAAAUUUGGCAUUGUGCUUGGGACACUCGGGCGCCAGGGUAAUCCGCUAAUUCUUGACCACGUGAAAAAAACACUGGAGCAGAGUGGCAAGGAAUUUUUUGUUCUUUUGUUAUCCGAGCUUUUUCCUGACAAGCUUGCAAGAUUCAAAGAUGUUGACGCGUGGAUUCAAAUUGCGUGUCCUCGUCUUUCAAUAGAUUGGGGCUACGCAUUCCCAAAGCCGUUGCUCACUGCGUAUGAAGCCGAAAUCUGUUUUGAGCGAAUACAAUGGAAAGAAGAUUCAUACCCAAUGGACUUUUACGCCAAAGGCAGUGGACCAUGGACAAACUACCACGAUCAAAAGAAAAGAGCUGUGUAA